AUGUUGAAACCUGUGAUUGUAGGAAAAAGUAAAAAACCACGUGCAAUAAAAAAUUUAGACACGUUACCAGUUCACUACUACAACUCGAAAAAUGCAUGGUUUACUAGAGAUAUAACAAUGGAUUGGUUUCAUAAAAAAACAGUGCCAGAAAUCAGUAGAUAUCAAACAGAAGUUUUGAAAAUUCCUGACAAUAAAGUGAAAGCCCAAAUUUUACUAGGCAAUUGCCCUGCACAUCUACAAGUUGAACAGCUGACUAGUGAUGAUAAAAAUAUCCGGUGCAUGUUCUUGCCAACAAACACAACAUCUCUAAUUCAGCCUAUGGAUCAAGGCGUGAUCUACACAGCCAAGCGUCUAUACAAAAAGAUGCUUUUACAUGAAAUUUUAGAAGUCGAAGAAACAGUUGCAGGAGAAGAAGAUAGAAGAAGACAAAAGACAUUACAGAAUCUCAAAGAUUACAAUAUAAGAUCUAUGAUUUUUAAUUUCGCGUCUGUUGUCAAAGAUAUAAAACCAUCAACUUUGAUUAACUCAUGGAAGAAACUUUUAAUAAAUGAAGAGGUUGAACCAGAUACGGCUGAAUUGGAAACAGAGGAUUUUCUCAACACUUUCCACCAAGGAGGUGAAAAUUUGACAACACUAGAAGACAUUGAGUUGUGGCUAGAAGCUGAUGAAGAUGAUAUGGGCUUUCGCAUUUUAACAGAAGAAGUGAUUGUUGAAAGCGUCAUCGCUGCAGAAAACUCUGAAACAGAUGAAUACGAACAAGAUGAAGUAGACGAUAGUAUCAAGUCUAAGCCAAAACUUGGUGAAAUUAAAGACCAUCUAAAUAUUGUCCUUAAAUAUGUUGAAGAUAACGACGAUGAAAAAAUAUCUGCAUAUUACGAACAUUUAAGGCAUCUGCGUGAAUUAUUAAUACGAGAAAUAAAUGCGAAAGGAAAACAACAAAAGAUAAGCAGUUUUUUCAAACCAGUUAAUGAAAGUGUGCCUUAA